AGUUGUCGGGUCUAGGACUCUCUGGACCGAAACACCCCAUCCAAGUUGCAAAUGCUAUUGGCAAGCAUACUCCAAGUUACCGUCACCGUUUUCUCCAAGCUUCAACUUCAUCACCAGUUUGAUUGCAAAACCUAUCAAUCAGCAGGAAAAAAAGUUUGCUUGACAGGUCUAGAUUGAAACUAGCAAGAACCAACAAAAGAAAGAGAAGAUGGACGCGGACGAGGAAGAUUUUGUCUUCUAUGGGACUCCAAUUGAACGAGAAGAGGAGAUGACAAGCCGGAAGAAGAAAGCGGUCGCAGAGGCGACAGGCCAAAUGCGAGCUCUUCCUCCAUGGAAGCAAGAGGUCAGGGAUGAGGAAGGACGAAGAAGAUUUCAUGGAGCAUUUACGGGAGGAUUUUCAGCUGGUUAUUACAAUACUGCUGGUUCAAAAGAGGGAUGGACUCCACGGUCGUUUACGUCAUCAAGGAAGAACAGAGCUGAAGUGAAGCAGCAGAGCAUAUUUAACUUCUUGGAUGAUGAUGAGAAAGCUGAAUUGGAAGGCCGUUCCUUAGGGACGUCUUUGCAGUUUGAUACAUUUGGAUUUACAGCUGCAGAGCUUGCUCGCAAACAAGCUGAGAAGGAACAACAGAAGAGGCCAUCAGCUAUUCCUGGACCUGUUCCUGAUGAAAUAGUUCUACCUGCUGCAAAUUCUAUUGGUGUAAAGCUGCUGCUUAAGAUGGGGUGGAGGCAUGGUCAUUCCAUUAGGGAUGCACACUCUAAUUCACUGUAUGAUGUACGAAGGGAGGCUAGAAAAGCAUUUCUUGCCUUUUCUUCUGAUGAUGCAAAAACAUCAAGUGAUCAGUCUGAGCCUGUAAUCCGUGACCAUGAAACUACUAUUGAGCAGCCUAAUGAUAACAUAUAUUCUUCUCAAAGCACACCUGUUUAUGUACUCCAUCCAAAGCAGGACUUGCAUGGUUUAGGUUAUGAUCCUUUCAAACAUGCUCCUGAAUUCAGAGAAAAGAAAAGACAGCGUGUAUCUGGAAGGGAUAUUUCAAUGAGUGAAAGUCUUUUUGCAUCUAGGUCAGGAAAAGUUGCUCCUGGUUUUGGAAUUGGAGCUCUUGAAGAGCUUGAUGUUGAAGAUGAAGAUAUCUAUGCUUCAGGAUAUGGCUUUGAAGAAACUUAUGUCGAAGAAGUUGAAGAGCCAUCAAAAAUGAGCAGGGAUCAUAAGCAAAUAAUGGGCAAAAAUGAAGAGGGUAUUCUUCCUGGUUUUAAAGUUGCAUCAAAGUCUGACUAUCAGUUGGAAAGAUUUGAUCCUCCAGUUAUUCCAAAUGAUUUUAAACCUCAUCAUAAAUUUGCUUCACCUCUUGAAGUAGAAAACAAAUUUACUGAACCUCCUCCUCUGGAAGUUCCUCCUCCAGAGGACAAUAAUAUGAAAGUUUUGAUUGAGGGAUUUGCAACUCUGGUUGCUCGCUGUGGUAAAUUAUUCGAAGAUCUGUCAAAAGAGAAGAACAAGUCAAAUCCAUUAUUUUGUUUCCUUACUGGAGGAAAAGGGCACGACUAUUAUGCUCGAAAACUGUGGGAGGAGCAGCAGAAGCGUAAUGAUCAGAAAAGGCAGCAAAUGAAUUUGAAGCCACUACCAACUGAGAAGAAGUUGACAGCAGAGAGCCGUGGUAAAAUUCUUGGAGAAAAGCCUCUGGAGAGGAGUUUGAGGGAUUCUGACUCAUCUGUCACUUCUGCCGAUUUCCUUCAUCUCAAAAUUAAUCUUUCGGAUACAUUUACUAAACCUGCAUCACUUAAUGAGUUCCUAGAAGCUGCAAAGCCCUUCAUAGAUGAUCCUGCAAAACAAGAAAGAUUUGAGCUGUUUCUCAAGGAGAAGUAUCAAGGAGGGCUUCGCUCUACUGAUUCUGGAGGUUCUAGUACCAUGUCUGAAGCUGAGCGUGCUCGUGAGAGAUUGGACUUUGAGUCUGCUGUUGAGGCAAUUGAGAAAGGGGGGCAUAGCAAGGGAACAAAUCUUUCCUCUAGUCAGCAGUUUCUAGAGUUGUCAACAGCUACAAAAUUGCAAUUUACAUCUGGUGGUCUGGAGCAAGUUAAAUCCCCUCAAGCUGAAGAGCUGAUUACAAAGAAGAUGUACCCCAAGCGUGAAGAGUUUCAGUGGCGACCUUCACCUAUUCUUUGCAAGCGGUUUGAUAUUAUUGAUCCAUACAUGGGAAAGCCACCACCAGUCCCAAGACCUAGGAGCAGGAUGGAUACUCUCAUCUUUACUUCGGAUUCUGUCAAAACCACAAAAGCUGAAGACACUGCAACUACAAAUAGAGAUGCAUUGCCCUUAUCUCAAUUAGAGCCUGAAGACAAAAAGUUUGAAAUAACCAGCAUGGAAACUGUGGUUGACUCAAAUAAGGAAAAUAUUGAGAGGCCAGUUGACCUGUAUAAGGCUAUUUUCUCCGAUGAUUCAGAUGAUGAAGGGGAGAGCUCUAGUGCUAAUCAAGUGGAGAAUCCAGAAAAGAAGACCGAAGUAGCUAAUACAACUCUGAACCGUUUGAUAGCAGGUGAUUUUCUGGAAUCUUUGGGUAAAGAGCUAGGCUUAGAGGUUCCUCCUGAUCCAGUUGACUCAAUAAACAAGGCCAGCACCACAGCUUCUCAAAAGGAAAGCUUAAGGGCAAGCACAGGAUGUGUUAAACAUCAACCUGCUGAUGUCAAAUCUUCUUCCAUACUUGAUGAUGUGAAUAAACCUGUGAGAACGCAGGAGGCUGCAUAUGGAAAUAUUAGCCUUCUGCAAAUCAAAACAGGAAGCUCAUCCAAUGGAAACAACCUUGACUAUGCUAACCCACAGAAUGAUGGGACUCAAGUAAAUUCCACCAUCCAAUCUGGCGGCAACUCCAGUAAAGUUGAUCUAGGAAAGAUGGACCCAGAUGAUAAGAGGGUUAAAACAUGCUUCAGACAGGAUCAAGGUUGGAAGAGCAGUGAAUCAUCGGAUGAUGAAAGGAGUAGAAGACACUCAAGCCGGCACAGGAGUCAGAAUAGCAGUUCAUCAUCAGAAGAUGAACAGGUUCAGAAACACUCUAGGCGACAUUGGAGUAGGAGCAGUACUUCAGGCAGUGACUCUUCUGAUGGCCCUAGAUAUCGAGAUCAUUCAAGAUCAAAAGUGGAAAAGAAAGGUUCAUCUCGAGGGAAGAGUUCUAGUACCAACAGAAAUAAAAAACACUCAAGGCACCGAACCCACAGAAAUGGGGAUUCUCCUAGUAGUUCUUCUCGUCAUGGUACUGAGAGAAGAAGACAUGGAGAGGCUAAGAAAGAGAAAAGAAAAUCAAAAGACCAUGGAAGUUCAGUUUCUUCAAAAUAUGGUUCUCACAGAAAGCACCGCCGAGAUGAAAGGUAGUUCUUAGCUAUAUUCCUUCGGAAGACAGGAUGUGCAAGUUAGGUUGAAUGGAGAUGUGUCAGUUCUUCAAGGACUGGUUUGCUUUAUUUUUGUUGAAGCAAAAUUUCUAUUUCUUUCGCCCUCUCUUGGUUGGCACCUCUUCAGAUGGGGCUUUCCCAUGGAAAAAUGAGAUGCAUCGGGUUUCAGUUAUGAGUUGGGCGGCCAACAACAGGAAUGAAUUUCAUUUUAGAUUUAUCCCUUAAAUACCUGUCUACUUCAGUAUGUUGUGGUGAGGUUAAAUAUCUUCCCCAAAUUCUAAGUGUUCACUCCAGUCAGAUGUGAUUCAUGUACAAGUGUGGUUGCGAACAUUAAGAUUUGUAUAUAGAUAGCUUGUGCAAUUUUUACCUCGUGUA